ACAGCAGCCACUGAGUUAGCCAUAUGCUUUGUGGUUUGGAGAUAACAACAGUGCAGUGUCAUGCUCUAAACAGACAGUUGCGACAUAUUGCUCUCAUAUGGUGAUGAUAUUUCAUGUGCACUGGAAGAAUGUGCUAGAAUAUCACACAGUGUUGACAAAAGUCUCUGGGUGGGUGCAGCUGAUUGGUUAAAUGAGGCUUGGAUAACCUCAAUUGUGUUUUACUUAUCUGUGACUCUUUCAUAACACACAGCUGCCUCACUGACGGCUGCAGGAGGUUUAUAGUUGAGAUAUCCCGGGUAGUAGAGCAUAGGUAAAUGUAACAUCACAUGAUUGCUGCGCUCGCUCAGUGCUCCGCGUCUCUUCCUAAGCAGAAGGCAGCAGCAGGAGCCGCAGCAGCAGCAGCCGGGGCUUCAUGUAAACACACCGUGCACAGGGCUUUGUUUCUCACACGCUCCUCCGGCAUCCCCCAGCUAGUCAUGCCAUGGAUAUUUUGUGGCAAUACCAGUUCAGGAUCAUUUUACUCGGGGAUUCCACGGUGGGGAAGUCGUCGCUGCUGAAGCGCUUCACGGACGGGAUUUACAGUGAUGUGGCGGAUCCGACGGUCGGGGUAGAUUUCUAUGCCCGCUCGCUUGACAUCGAACCCGGGGUGAAAAUCAAGCUGCAGCUCUGGGACACGGCCGGACAGGAGCGAUUCAGGUCCAUCACAACAUCAUACUACCGUAACUCCGUGGGCGGGCUACUUGUCUUCGAUCUCACUAAUCGCAAGACCUUUGACCAUGUGCGGGAGUGGCACAAGGAGGUGAGUGAGCACAUCCUGCCCCAUCACAUGGUCUACAUCCUCAUCGGCCACAAGAGUGACCUCAACAAGGACCGCAAGGUGAGCCGGGACGAGGCGGAGCAGCUGGCAGCCGAGCUGGGCAUCCGCUACGUGGAGACAUCAGCCAAGUGCAACAGCAACGUCGACCGGGCCUUCGAGCUGCUCACCAGAGACAUCUACGAGCUGAUGAAGAUGGGGGAGAUCGUCACCCGUGACGGCUGGGACGGGGUGAAGAGUGGCCUCACCGCCAAGGUCCUCUACCCGGCCGACGACGAAGAGGAACUAGCUACUGCGGUCGCUGAAAAGGGCUGCCACUGCUGACUGUGAACUCUCUGUAUCUAAACACUGUCCUGUCGCACCAAGAGCUCACCUCGUCUCACAAGCCGUGUUUCCAUAAACAUAUUUUUAUGCACAUUUUGAAGUAUCAGUUAGAAAAGCUUUAUGGAAACGACAAAUGCCGAUAAAACUCGCUCACACAAAAAAGUUUUGAUGCUUGCUGGAGGUGGUUUUUGCCUUCUUGGAAAGAGAGGUUAUCCAAUAAAUAGGAUAUGGAAACGCCCUCACCGAAUAUGUUCUGACAUAGCAAAGUGAAUCCAGAGACUGAUCAGCUGUUUGUGAUGUGGGCGUCUUACCAUGCGUAAAAGUCAUUGCAUUAAUUUGUCUUCACACGGCCAACCAGCCAACAUAAGCAACCAGUUAAAACUUGCCCAAUUGAUGCAAAGAGCUCUCUCCGUCUUUUUCUCAUAGAUUAGUUAAUUGGCCAAAGUGUCUUGUUUUGUGUCCUGUUUGCAAUCUCUGCUUCUUCUACUCUGUACUGGUAGAUGUCAGCUUUGCGUAAAGCGAAGCCUGUACCGCCAACUAAUGGCAAAACUACACUUUGCGCCAUCUAGUUUAUUUGCUCCGAACCAGUCGUUGGAGGCGCGUUUAAUUUGCAUUUCUUUUUUGCGACGUUUCAAAAAUUCGUUUAAACUUUGUUUGACAUUUCAAUGGAAACACGGCUACAGCUGUCCAUUGAAACCAAGUCACUCAGGCUCAACACCUUGUGAUAUCACCAUCCAACACUUCCUCACCUUGUGCUUCUUGCCCUCUCUAUGUGUGGAUUCUUCUGACAACUGGGAUUCUUUUCUAACAGGGGGCCAUUGUACAUCCCGAUGUAUACUUUAUAGGCAAGUUGUGUCUCUAAAUCCAUGUGGUGUAGCAUGAGCUGAGCUGUUUUGGGCCUCGUUAGGUUUGGAAAACACAGAAAGCAUGCAGAAGUGAUGGGGCUUAGAGUGAAGCCAAUACUGCUUUUCACAGCCCUGGAGUUAAUGGACCACUGAGUAUUCUGAAGGUACAUUUCAUACAGCACUAUUGUGGGUUUCUACCUGUCAACGUUCGUGCGAUGCUUUGCCUGCAAUCUCUUGUGACUGUAAUAUUGUAAAUAAUAGUGAAAUAUAUAGAGAUGAAAGCUAAAAGGUCACUGAAAGCUAUUUAACUGAUCAUGUGAACACACACAGUGCACUCUACAAUAGGUGUCACCAUGUUAAAUCAAUGUGCUCCUCCUGCUACUGUAAGCUGUAUGUGCACUUACGCCAAACUGACUUAAACCUUUGAUCAUUCUGUGAAUAGAUAAGUAAUGUUUUUGUAAAAAAAAAAAAAGAUUAUUUCUAGUUAAGGUGUAUACAUAAAGAUAGGCCAUAGUAUUUAGGAUAGGUGGUACCAUGUAGGUAUUUGUAUCAUAGCAUCAACAGGAGCAAGACAUCAAGUGUGUUACCUCUCAGUCAUCAGACCUUUAAUGAGUUCGUCAGCAGUAGUAAAGACGUGUUUGACUAAGAACAAAGGGGAGUUUGAGUCUCACUUGCAGCUGUUUGUAGCUCAUGCAAACAGCUGCUUCUUUAGUUCAAAGCUUUAUCCACAAAAAUGAUAUUCUAUUCAGGCUGAUGUGGCCAGCUUCUGUGGGCCUAUAUGUUAUGCUGUAUCCCAGAAGUUUCAGGACGAAAUGUUGGUGUAUAUGUGGGAAAAAAAGUCAACUUCCAAGUAGGAAACCUAGGCAACACUAAGACGUCACGUUAACAUCUCAUUAUAUACCACUAAAGCUAAUUAGCAUUUCUGUUAACAUGGUUGUUACUGUCUUGCAAACCCACUACAGAUCAACAGGUUCAGCAGUCGAUAUGACAUGAAAACACAGCACCCUGGAUUGGGUUUUGGCAAAGGACCAUUGCCCCGUCACGUUUAUUUCCUGCCUGACAAAAUGCUUGAUUUGAUCUUUGCGGGGGAGCAAGUAUUUCCACUAUUUUUCCAAGUUAGAUGAGAAAAUUUAUAUCUUUCUAUGCGUUAAGUACGGAGCAUGACCCAGGAGGCGAUUAGCCUAGCUUAGCCUUAACACUGCUCAGGGGCGCAUUAUGCCCAAAAAGUUCAACUGCCGCGUAUAAAAUUUCCUGGAUUAUUGGCACUCUUCCACACUGUAUGGCCUAAAGAGCAAGCACACUGAAACUUUCCUGGGGUGAGCCUGCUACUUCCGGUUUAGUGCUCCGUUAACUUGAAUGGGGAUAAAACGAUUCAAUCUUGCAGCUCCUGUAGAUUCUCCAAAUGUUAUUGCAAUCAAAUCUUGAUUGUGAAACGAAUCAUUUCACACUCAAAAAUUGUAUCCAAUGAUUUACAGACAUCUCUUUCAUAACAUCUGUGGGGAAAAACUCUCUUUGAGCCUCAUGGCAACACAUGACGGAUGUAAUAGCACUCUUUGGCCACUACAAAAAUUGGCUUCAAAGCUCAGCACCCUUCCUGAGGGCCUGGGACAAACCAACUGCAGUGACUUCCUGGUGUCUUGUCAGUAGGCGUUUCUCAAUCUGCGUUCUUGCCUCUACUUGUGUUCUUGGGGACUUGUGAAACGUCAUCAGUCGCAGCCCAAGUACUGUUCCAGUUCAAAGUCUGCAUCCAGCCAAGUACAGUUCAAACGCCCGGAUGUGAACUUGCUCUGCCCGUUCCAUCGGGGAUGCAUCGGGAGGUGACUUGUGUGGACUUUUGACAGCCAGGUAUCCCAGAAUGCAUUUCUCACAGACCAGCGGCAAUGGCAGCUGUCCGUGGGAGUUUGUACUCCGGAGUCGAACUUGCCAAGUGCGCAAGUUCGAACUUGGCGUACUUGGUAUUGAGAAACGCCGAGUGACUUGAGCGAGGUUGAAGUGUGGUUAAAUUGUGCCGGUAGAGACGCUAACAUCUGUGCUCACUGACUGUCUGCUGUCUUUCACAAGCAGGAGAUGCUUGACCCAAGUGAAAUAGUUACAGCACACUGCUAUGCCUAAGCAGGUUGGUCUCACUCUCAGGGUGUCAAAUUAUGCCGCUCUGGCAGUGUCCCCAGCGUCAUGGUAACCUUUAGUGUCUAUUUGAGAUGCAGCAGGCUUUUGACGAACCCUAAUGUAAUCCCAUCUGCGUUUUUAGACAUUUGGAACAAUGGACAUAGUAUAAAGAGCAGGAAAGUGUGCUUAGGGUGGGUGGAUGGGUCCAGCAAAGACAGGACUUUGACCCAGGAGACCGGUGUUUGUGUCUUGUGUAAAAACUUUAAGUGGACAAGUUAUUUUGUCACGUCAGACGGUAGUCACAUGAGUCGUCAGUCACACGAGGGACUAUCAUCAUCCGCAAUCUUUCUGUGACCAUUAUGAAGUUGUUUUGUUCCCUGACCCUAACUGCCUACUCAACCCCUUCUGCAUCAAGAUACAAUGCAAAGGCCUCUGCCCAAGCAUCAAAAUAUGAGGAGUAGGGAUGUAAAACUAGACAUUGUCUUUUUUUAAAUUUCUGUUCGGGUACAAAUUAAAUAAAUAAGACACAAUGUG